GUAGUUGGCGAGGUGCAGCAGUCGGGAGGGGUUCAGAUGAAUGCAGGCCUCCUCGGCCCCUAGCUGGCGCUUCGUGCAUCUCCGCCAGCGCUCCUAGGCUCGCCCAUUACCGGCUGAGGGCCACCGCAGCGCCCCGUGAGGCGCAACUGGGUGCCAGGAGCGAUCAGAGCAACGCAGUGGCUGGUUCUCUUGCUUGGGCUGGUGAGGCGGCAGUCAGCGGUGCUCCGCCGCAGUGGCACUCCCUCCGAAGCUGCUUCUGCGCCAGCCGCCGCCAGCACGCUAGCCGGGACGCUCGUCAGUGGGACCGUCUCGCUCCAGGCUACGAAGGGUAAGAGACCUCCCCAGCCAGCCUGCAGCCCGCAGUCCUGACCGCGGCAUGGCACAGCCUAGCCGAAGGAGCGCAGCCUAGGUGCGGACGCAUACGCUAGCCAGUCGAGUCUACCGACGGAGCACUUGCUGCUGCUGGCGGCUUGUAAGGUCAGAGAGGCAAGACUUCACUUCAUACUCCUUAAUCCAAGAACAGAAGGUUUACUCUCCCUCCAGCCCCCAGUUAGAAGGCUUUCUUCUCAAGAGGAGCAAGAUGUCAGCAUUUCUCUUCCUGCUCUCCACUACUUGUUACUGAGCCCAAGUCCCAAGCUGAAAAUAACAGACCAGCCCUCCCUCUGUGCCUUUGUGGCCCCAUCCCCUGCUGUGACCAUGGAGACUCUCAGCAGCUGCCAGACUGCCUUCCUCUCUGAGCUGGUGCCCAGUGGUUACCUGGCUCAGGUCUUCCCAGGAUACUCUGAAGUAGAAGACCUGGCUGGGGAGGUGGUGCUGGAGAAGUCUGAGCAGUGUGACCAGGAUGACUUGAAUCCCAAGGAAGAGAAUGGUCAGAACAAGAAAAAAACCAAAGUCAACAAGAUCUGGAAUUUUGUAAGCCGCAGAAAAGUUGCCUCCAAUCAGGGGAAGCGCCCCCAGUCCAUGAUUUUAUUGGGAGUCACUUCAAGGCCAUCAGAGUUGAAGCCCAAAGUCACAUUAAUGGAUCGAAUGAAGUCAUUCAAGAGGUUGAAACCUUCAACUGGGGCCGCCAAGAAUACUCCUCCUAGGAGGAACAAGGCCCAGCAACCCCAAGAGAUUCCAGGUAUGUACCAGAUGAGAAAGGCCCAGGAGGCUCCAAAGCCUUUCCGCUAUUCUUACUCAGGCCACAUUGAAAGCCUGGAGCCCUUCCUUGUAGAUGUGCAGAAGCUAGUGCAUGCCCCCAAGAGGAUGAACCAGAAAGUACUGGCCUUCAAUGACUUUGGUAUGCAAGUGGAGGAGGAUUCCUGGGAGGAAGAGUCCCCUAAGCAGCCUGGUAGGGGCAGGCAGGCCAAAAGCUACCAGAAAAGCAUGUUACCUGGGGACCUUGAGGCCCCAUACACAUUAGCUGGAGACUCCAGAAUCCAGGAACUUGAGGCUGCCAUUGAGGGCUCAACCUUGGAAGGGAACAUGGAAGGGGGUUACAAGGAGGGCCCUGGGCACCUGCGCCGAGGCAAGACUAUGCCUUUUGGUAGUGUUGUCAAGUUCUUCAGCAGUGUGACCGAGGUGGCCCGAAAGUGGCGUUCAUUCUCCCGAGAAGAGUUUCAGAUGGGCAGACGCCGAGGUGAGGCCUACUUCAUCAGUGGUGACAGUGAAGACUUCAUUCUGGAGAAUGUAGCCUCCCGAGCCAACUUCCCACUCAGCCUGCCCUGCCACCCCUCUGAGGCUGUGUUGUGGGGCAGUGUAAUUGGGAGGCACCAGCGCCACCACCACAAGGCCUCACAAGCCUCAUUCACCUUUAAAAUGAGCGCAGAGGGCAAGGAGACUUUGGGCCAGGCCCUCACAGUUCCCUGCACUGCUGCUACCUUGGUCUCAACUUCAACCUCAGCUGUCUUCAAGUUCCAGGAUGACCUGACACCAAAGAAUGGCUGUAGCUUCCACUAUGGCCAUGCCUUCACUAGGGAGCACUCUUCCUCUAAAGAGCUUGAUGAAGACCCUGAGACUGUGGUCAGCUUCCUGAAAGAAGAUGACAGUGUUGGAGAGUCCCCUGAGCUGGGCACUUGUGCCAAGAGGAUGACCACCAAAGCGGUCAUGGAGAAGCUAGAAGAGAAGCCCAAUGAGAUGGAGGAGCAGGAUACCCACAGGGGACCUGUGGGGUCCACCCAGGCAGGGCAGCCUCAGGAUUCUGAUUUAGAUAUAGGAGCAGCAGAUGCAGAGAGAGAAGCCAGCAAAGCUUGUGCUGGAGUCCCCCGUACUCAGACUUUCUCUCCCCCAGCUGAACCAUCACCAAGGACUCCAUCCCUCAAAAUCCUCCUGGAAAAAUGCCACUCUCUGCCCAUCUCACAGAGCUUUCCCAGAGAGCUAGAUCAAGUGGGCUGGAGGAGACCUAGGAAGCUUUUCACAGGUAACUUGGACCAGGGCUCCAAGACACUAGAAACCUGCAAGAACAUUGGUGGAUACUUGAAGGCCCAGAGACAAGGAAACAAGCACAUUAAUGAACUGAUCACUGGAGAUUCCAUCGUUAGUGCUGAGGCAGUAUGGGAUCACGUCACCAUGGCCAACCGGGAGUUGGCAUUUAAGGCUGGCGACGUCAUCAAAGUCUUGGAUGCUUCCAACAAGGAUUGGUGGUGGGGCCAGAUCGACGAUGAGGAGGGAUGGUUUCCUGCCAGCUUUGUGAGGCUCUGGGUAAACCAGGAGGAUGGGGUGGAGGAAGGGCCCAGUGACGUUCAGAAUGGGCACCUGGACCCCAACUCAGACUGCCUCUGUCUGGGCCGGCCACUCCAGAACCGGGAUCAGAUGCGGGCCAACGUCAUCAAUGAGAUCAUGAGCACUGAGCGUCAUUACAUCAAGCACCUCAAGGACAUUUGUGAGGGAUACCUGAAGCAAUGCCGAAAGAGAAGGGACAUGUUCAGCGAUGAGCAACUGAAGGUGAUCUUUGGGAACAUUGAAGAUAUCUACAGGUUUCAGAUGGGCUUCGUAAGAGACCUGGAGAAACAGUACAACAAUGAUGACCCCCACCUCAGCGAGAUAGGACCCUGCUUCCUGGAGCACCAAGAUGGAUUCUGGAUAUACUCUGAGUACUGUAACAACCACCUGGACGCCUGUAUGGAGCUCUCCAAACUGAUGAAGGAUAGCCGCUACCAGCACUUCUUUGAGGCCUGUCGCCUCUUGCAGCAGAUGAUUGACAUUGCUAUUGAUGGUUUCCUUUUGACUCCAGUGCAGAAGAUCUGCAAGUAUCCCUUACAAUUGGCUGAGCUCCUUAAGUAUACCGCCCAGGACCAUAGUGACUACAGGUAUGUGGCAGCUGCUCUGGCUGUCAUGAGAAAUGUGACUCAGCAGAUCAAUGAACGCAAGCGGCGUUUGGAGAAUAUUGACAAGAUUGCCCAGUGGCAGGCCUCCGUCCUUGAGUGGGAGGGUGAGGACAUCCUAGACAGGAGCUCGGAGCUGAUCUACACUGGGGAGAUGGCCUGGAUCUACCAGCCCUACGGCCGCAACCAGCAGCGGGUCUUCUUCCUGUUUGACCACCAGAUGGUCCUCUGCAAGAAGGACCUGAUCCGGAGAGACAUCUUGUACUACAAAGGCCGCAUUGACAUGGAUAAAUAUGAGGUAGUCGACAUUGAAGAUGGCAGAGAUGAUGACUUUAAUGUCAGCAUGAAGAAUGCCUUCAAGCUUCACAACAAAGAAACUGAGGAGAUACAUCUAUUCUUUGCCAAGAAGUUGGAAGAGAAAAUACGCUGGCUCAGGGCUUUCAGAGAAGAGAGGAAAAUGGUACAGGAAGAUGAAAAAAUCGGCUUUGAAAUUUCUGAAAACCAGAAGAGGCAGGCUGCAAUGACUGUGAGAAAAGUCCCUAAACAAAAAGGUGUCAACUCUGCUCGCUCAGUUCCUCCUUCCUAUCCACCACCACAGGACCCAUUAAACCAGGGCCAGUACCUGGUUCCCGAUGGCAUCGCUCAAUCACAGGCCUGUCCCUCCCCUAACCUAAAAAAUCUGAACUGGAAGCAAAGAGGUGGAGACUCUGCUUCCUGAAAGAGAGAUUCAACUGCUUCCAUCACCAAGUAGGUUUAGCAUGGCAUUCCCCACUGCAAUCAAUCCAGGGGCCUGGUCAUACCUGCUUCACAUUUGCAGAUUUUUUAGGCAGCAUUGAUAGGAGUCUAUGAGAGGUCAAGACAGAGCCUACAUGACUGAGAUCAUCAGCUAUCUUCAAAUUAUUGACCUGGACAAGAUCCAAGGCUGACAGUAACCUCUCAUAUGGAAGAACAAGGACAAGCAUGGAAAGAGACAGCCUUGGCCCAUGAUAUGUACCUGAAGUUCCUAACACUCAAGUUUAUGAAACUCCCUGUUGUUAGCAGAUUGUAUGGAUAAUUUUCCAUGAUUCCUUUCUUCCUCUCUCCCUGUCUUCCUUCUUUUUCUUGCUAUCCUGGCACAGGAGGAUUACUGCUAUGAAAUGAGCAUAGUUAAAGCAUUUCUGGCACCCAAAAAAGGCCCUGUUUCCAACAUUCUCCCAUCCCAGAACAUUUGAAGCAAGCGAGGAGCCCAGGGGACUUUUUCUAUGAAGAAAGAAUCAGAGGCCAAGUUGCUACUCUCAGGCUAAAUUUUAGUAGGUUUUUACACUUGGGGAAAAUUAGCUUUCCCUACAAAGAGGCAGGUUCCUUAUGGCAGGAGUACCUGUUCCUCCUCUUCACAUGACCCCUUGGGUGAAUAGGCCUUGAACAGCAAGGAGAAUGGAGUACAACGGAGUGAGGAUGGGCCCUACUAUGGAGAUUCCCCAUUCCAGUGGGGAAUCUGGAGAUUGAGUCUGUCCUGGACCCUAUGGGGGAAGACUUCAUCAUGAAAGGACCUCAGCUUAAUGAGCAGCAGUAAUGGCUGCAGGGGACACUCAGCAUGGCUAGCUUGAUUGCUGCUCUAUUCCCUGCCAAGCCUGGGAAAGUUUUUUUUCCUCUAUGGGAAUCAAAUUACAAGCUCUUUAAAAUCCCAUUUCACCACACCCAAAUCGGGCUUGAGGAGUAAGCCAAGGUUGAGUCUGAGCUGGGCAGAGGGCUGGGGCUCGGGACUGGCCACUACUGUUCAGCACAUGACCCAGCUACUUAAGCCCCCUUGGCAAGGAGCCUGGUAUGCAGUGCCUAAGCUAAAAUGAUCUCCCUGGAAGACAGAAUGUCUUUCAAUGGCUGUGUAGGUUUCCCAUGAGUGUAUAUUCUUUUCCUACUUUCCAUUCCUUCCCACUAGGCUUGGCCUUGACAUGUUUCUCUAGGGCCUGGGGGUACACCAAGAAGGGAUGCUUGGACAAGUCCCUAGACCUAAUGCUAUCUCUUGGCCAAGAUCCCCCAUCCCCCCCUGCUCCCCUAGGACUGUGCCCAGAGCUCCAGGAUCAGGGAUUGUCACCUCUUUCCACCCACCUCUCAUACACCCAACCCACUGGCCUCAUCAGAUGCCAAUGACUUAUGAAAACAACAAGAAAGCAGUUUGCCAUUGGUUGGAUUUCCCCCUAGCCUGUGGCAGCAAAACAGACCAGUGGCCAACAGCCCCAAGGGGAGCCCCAUUACCUGGGCUCAGAGUCCAACCUAUUCUGUGUCCCCAUAGCAGUGCUAUCCCCAAGAAUUCAUAAAUCUCUGUUCCUGCAUGGCCAAGAGCUCCCCUUUCUUCAACUCGGUGAGGCCUGGAUUUGCUCCCCAAAAGGCUUUUCUAGUAUCUAUGGGUCCUGCUGUGGGAUGGUCCUAACACAGAAAUCAAACUCCUCAUUCUCCCUUUCUUUCUAUGUGUAUAUCUCUUAAGGGAUUUAUAAGGACAGCAGCAAGACAGUUUUAACAAUUCUAGUGUGAAGCCAAAUAGUGAUCUUUAAUGCUUUGGGGAUGGGGUGGGCUGGGGUGGAUGGAUGGGCAACAGUGAUUUUGAUUACCCCUGCUGCUCUGCAUUUGCCAGUUUAUUAUUUCAUUUCUUCUAUCUGACUGUUUGACCCUGUCAAACAAGUGUCAAAGUUGUGUGUUUAAAAAAAUGUUUAACAAAAAUAUGAUGUUGUAAUGACACAAAGCCUUAUGAAAAUAUUUAUGGAGUUCAAUAAAAGAAGUAAAAAGACA